AUGCAAUUGCUCCUCCGCUUUUUUCAUAUUUUCCUGUUCGUUAACUCAACACUCAUCAAUUUCCAAUCAGAAAUCAACUGCCCGUUGGCCACUUUUUGGUGUGCGACUGUCAAAGUUUAUGAGGAAAACGCCAUGUGAGUGCAGUCUUGAGAAUCUCCAGAAUCCUCUCUCUUUCGUUCCAGAUUCGCUGAUGUUCUGGUCGCUGAAUCCGAACCGAGUUGUCUAGAAACGGGCGGAACGGUCAAAGUGAACACAGUCGGACGAAUCGACGGCGACGGAUGGUUUGAUGUGGGGAAGGCGCCGAAUACGCAUCUUCAGUCACUUUCUUCAGAAUCGGUACGAAUUUUUGGCGGAAGUCACUCACACGUGCUCGCGGAGCAACAGACAACUGGUGUUUCGGGAGUUUGUCGGCUCUUUCGCAGACACUCGCAAGUAUUGAAUCUUCUUGUGUGUCUUCUUUUCAUUAACCCCGCCCGUCAUUACAGUGUGCUCAAACUACGGAUCAAACUCGACGUGCAGGAAAAGGGAAAUUGA